AGCCGCAGACGCAGAUGUCCGAUUUCCAACAGUUGGGGAAUCUGUCGACUGGAAGUUCCGCCGAGAGCGGCUCCUCGCCGGCUUCGACCGUUGUCGACUUGGAUAACGAACACAGCCGAUACUGUAACCCGGACGUAUACAAGGUAUAUCGCGAGGGACUCGAUGGUUCGGCAUUUUCCGUCGUUCAGUCCGACGGCUUCAAUGGCUUCUUCGAGUUCGAUACCUUGAGCACGCAUCCAAGAAUAACUAUUGCCUCGUCCAUUGCCGAGGAGAUGGCGAUGACCCCAGUGAUCGGUUCCGCACCUCGCAGAAGGCGAAAGCGUGAGCAGAAGGUGCUGUCGAGCUGGGAGAGAGAAAAAAGGAUAUGCUGCAGCCAAUGCAGUAAAAAGUUCCGCACGACGGCUCACCUGAAGACACACUUCGUAGUACACACGAUGGGAGAGGGGACGAAACUGAGUCGUUGCGCGGUAUGCGAUAAGGGCUUUUGUCAUCGAGGUGCCCUGACCCUCCACAUGCGGGCCCACGCCUCGAAGGAGAGCUCGCGGCUGCGUGGGGAGGGAUGCUGAUAAUGAUUAGCCGAUGUUCCUCUCCUUUGCUUACCCGGUUACCUGGCUGAGCGUUACGAGUCGCGGCCUCAAGAUCUCAACGCUGUCCGAUUAUUCUCGGAUAUUCCCGGGCUAAUCCAAGAGUUACUUACGUAUCUGCCGCCACUC